AUGGUCCCCAAUGAAGAUCUUCAGUACAAGGGAAUUAUCCAGUUACUUCUGCAUUUCAAAUGGAAAUGGGUUGGGCUCAUCACUGCAGCUAAUGAAGCUGGGGAACAAUUCUUGCAGAUCAUUGAACCAAUGUUUCUCAAGAAUGGAAUCUGUUCAGCGUUCACAGAAAGAACGGAAUACUAUGUGCAAUUCUCCGGUAACGUGCUUGAUAUGGUGGAUCAAACAAAGAUUUUCUCAAAAACUUUCAUGAAAAGCAAAGCAAAUGCAGUUGUUAUAUAUGGAGAAAGUACAUCUAUUGUGUGGCUUACAAGUGUUAUAAUCGCAAGGAAUAUGAUUCAGCUAAUACUUCAUCAAUCUGUGGGGAAACAACCUGAAGGGAAAGUAUGGAUUACCGCAGCUCAGAUAGAUUUCAUAUCAAAUAUGUUAGGAAAACUUAUGGACCCUAAUAUACAAAUGCUCGAAGGUGCUAUCUCCAUUACGAUUCACUCCAAGGAGAUUCAAGACUUCUCAGACUUUCUGCAGGGUGUAAAGCCUUCUGGACAAGAUGCAGAUGGUUUUAUCAAUGAUUUCUGGGAACAAGCCUUUGGUUGUUCACUUUCAAACGACACUGCAAUGGCAGACACUAUGGGCUUGGAAACCUGUGCCAGGUGUCCGGAAGAUCAAUAUCCAAAUGAAGAGCAGAAUGAGUGCAUUCCCAAGAAACCGAACAUCCUAGGCUUUGGUGAAACUUUGGCCAUUGUUUCAACUUUCUCUGUGCUUUUAUUCUCUCUGAUCACAGCUGUGGUACUUGGCAUUUUCAUUAAGCACCGGAACACUGCCAUCGUCAAAGCCAAUAACAGAAGCCUCACUUACAUUCUCCUCAUCUCCCUCCUCUUGUGUUUCCUUUGCUCUUUGAUGUUCAUUGGAAUGCCUAAUAAGGCAACUUGCCCACUCAGACAAACGGCUUUUGGCAUUGUCUUCUCUGUGGCCCUCUCCAGCAUCUUGGCCAAGACUAUUUCAGUGGUUUUGGCAUUCAUGGCUACCAAGCCAGGGUCCAGGAUCAGGAGAUGGGUAGGCAAAAAACUGGCUUAUUCCAUUGUCCUUUCCUGCUCUGUGAUUCAAAUGGGAAUCUGUGUCUUCUGGCUGGCAACCUCUCCCCCAUUCCCAGAUGUGGACAUGCACUCAAUGAGUGAAGAAAUUAUAUUACUAUGUAAUGAAGGGUCAGUUCUCAUGUUCUAUUGUGUUUUAGGCUACAUGGGCUUCCUGGCCAUUAUCAGCUUGACUGUGGCCUUCUUAGCCAAGAAGUUGCCUGACAGCUUUAAUGAAGCCAAGUUCAUCACCUUCAGCAUGCUGGUCUUCUGCAGUGUUUGGUUCUCCUUUAUUCCCACAUACCUGAGCACCAGAGGAAAAUACAUGGUGGCUGUGGAGAUCUUCUCCAUCUUGGCUUCCAGUGCUGGCCUGCUGGGUUGCAUCUUUUCCCCUAAGUGCUACAUUAUUGUGGUGAGGCCUGAGCUGAAUAACAGAGAGCAGCUGAUACGGAGAAAGAUGUAA